AGACGGCGUGCACAUGCGCAGUUCGACACGAGAGGACCCUUAGACCCGAUGACGUGUUUGUACGCGUGAGUUUAUCUAGUAUGAACGGGGACUUCUGUUGGAGAAUCAGUUUUAGCCGGUCUUUGAUACUGUCCUGUCUUUUGUAUUACUCUGAACAUGCCAUGGGUUUGGUAGAACCUCCAGCACCGUAGGUGGCAGCACUGGGCCAUAAACUAGUAUACUUACCAAAACAAAACCACCAUCGAAGUACUGGAUUAUGAAGUGGACUUGUUAUGGGUCAGGAAGAGGACGUUCAUGAACAAAUCAUAGUUUAAUAACGUUACAAAGGUGACAAAUCGUUCCGUCGAUGGAUCUAAAUGAAGAUAGUGUUAAUGCGAUGUGCACCCGGAUAUGCUUGUGUGUUCUCUGCGGUUUACCUGCAGCAGGAAAGUCCACGCUUGCACAGGCGGUCAACUCUCACUCUGCACAACGAGGAUGGAGGUCCGCUGUCAUUUCUUACGACGACCUGAUUCCCGGUGACGCUUUCAAUGUGAAGGAAGUCGAGGAUGAGGAGGAUAUUCCGCGAUCACAGACGCAGACUGAAUGGAAAUGUCACAGACAAGCGGUGCUGCGGUGUGUUGAACAGUUCCUACAGAGUCCCACAGAGCAGCUACCACCAAUCAUCUACCAGAUCAACAGGGAUGCCCGUAGUCGUCUCCUUCAUGCCGCUCAGUUCUGCGGGACACCGGCGGGCUCUUCUCAGGUCUGCGGGACACCGGCGGGCUCUUCUCAGGUCUGCGGGACACCGGCGGGCUCUUCUCGGGUCUGCGGGACACCGGCGGGCUCUUCUCGGGUCUGCGGGACACCGGCGGGCUCUUCUCGGGUCUGCGGGACACCGGCGGGCUCUUCUCAGGCGUACCCAUCACCUUCAGAUCGACCACCGCCGCCACUCGUCAUUUUGCUGGACGACAACUUCUACUAUCCAAGCAUGAGAUACGAGGUGUACCAACUGGCCAAACACUCUGUGGGAUUCUGUCAGGUGUACGUCCACUGUCCCGUGGAGUCGUGUGUCAGGAGAAACCAGCUGAGGCCCCAGCCGUUACCCAGUGAUGUUAUAGUAGAGAUGGCCAAGCGCAUGGAGCCUCCAAACCCUCAGAGAAACUCAUGGGAGCAGAACAGUGUCACUCUGGACAGCGAACACCACUUCACCAUAGAAUACAUCCAAAGGUUGGUGAAGGUGAUCUCUACUGCGUUGGAGAACCCACUGAGUCCAGUCCAGGACAACACUGAGCAGGAGGAGGCUGACCGUCAAAGCUGUGUGUCCAGUGUGGUCCACCAGGCUGACCAGGCCUGCAGACGCCUGGUCUCACAGGCCAUGCAGGAGGCCAGAGAACAUCAACUUCCCCCAGAGAGGAUGAGGUCUCUGGCAGCCGACUUCAAUGAAUCCAAAACCAGAUUUCUCCAGGACCUGCGGAGACAAGUUCUCCACGGCCUUCCCUUAACCCAGGGAGAGGGCGUGGAGGUGGAGCGGGUUGUGAACAGAGCCGUGGAGGUGGAGCGGGUUGUGAACAGAGCCGUGGAGGUGGAGCGGGUUGUGAGCAGAGCCGUGGAGGUGGAGCGGGUUGUGAACAGAGCCGUGGACGUCUUCAACAAAGAGAAACAGGAUCUCAUUGCAAAAUACCUUCCUCCUUAUGACAGAAUAAAAUGACACAGAUAACGAGGGAUAGAUGAUAGCUAUUAUGUAACUUUCAUUGAUUCUAUGUAAAUAGUCAUACAUAUUGACGUUAGUAAUUACAUUUCUAUAUUUUUCUGACAAAAUGUCCAACUGGAACCAAGCAAGGUGGAACCAAGCAAGGUGGAACCUAGCAAGGUGGAACCUAGCAAGGUGGAACCUAGCAAGGUGGAACCUAGCAAGGUGGAACCUAGCAAGGUAGAACCUAACAGGGUGGAAAUGUGGAGGCUAACUUAGCCAUAGCACUGGGUGGAACCUAGCAAGGUGGAAAUGUGGAGGCUAACUUAGCCAUAGCACUGGGUGGAACCUAGCAAGGUGGAAAUGUGGAGCUUAACUUAGCCGUAGCACUGGGUGGAACCUAGCAAGGUAGAAAUGUGGAGGCUAACUUAGCCGUAGCACUGGGUGGAACCUAGCAAGGUAGAAAUGUGGAGCUUAACUUAGCCGUAGCACUGGGUGGAACCUAGCAAGGUGGAAAUGUGGAGCUUAACUUAGCCGUACCACUGGGUGGAACCUAGCAAGGUAGAAAUGUGGUGGCUAACUUAGCCGUAGCACUGGGUGGAACCUAGCAAGGUGGAAAUGUGGUGGCUAACUUAGCCGUAGCACUGGGUGGAACCUAGCAAGGUGGAAAUGUGGAGGCUAACUUAGCCGUAGCACUGGGUGGAACCUAGCAAGGUGGAAAUGUGGAGCUUAACUUAGCCGUAGCACUGUGAGUGAUCAAGAUCCAGCUGGCAUGAUGGUGAACACUUGAAGAUACGUUUUUACUGUUCUGUCAAACACAAUUUGAAAUGAUCAAAUGUUCAUCUCAUGUAGCCGAACAGCCGGGGACAUUUUAAGAGUGAGACCAAACUGACUAACAUCAUGAAACAUUAAAAUGUAGAUGUAAACCGAGUGUUGAUACUUCAUGUAGCGUAGCGCUGUUAUGGACACUUCCUGAUUGUGAUGUCAUCAUCCACUGAAAACAAAAUGGUCAAAAAAUGCAAAUAAAAUUCCCAUUGAGAUCGA